GGGAGAAGGGGGAAAUAUAAUUUUAAUCAAAAGAAAUUUAUGUGUGAAAAGUGGAGACACCGCAUCCGGGAAGUUCCUUUGGGAAAAAGCAAGAUGGACGCUCAUUUGGUUGGUUACGGGAGUUCAUCGGACGAGGAAGGAAAGCCAAAAAAACGCGAAAUAGACGCGCAAAAAGUAGGUUUAAAUGAAUCGAAGUUUUUAAUAACACUGUCUAGUAUUUGCUGUAGUUUUUUGGUGAGGUGUGGGUAGUUAACUAGGAAGAUAUGAUGUAAAUAAUUUGGGACAAUUGGACAAAGAUGCGCUGUCUUGUGACCAGAUAUUGAAAGGAAAAUUGCGUGGUAAAUUUGGCAAGGAUGGUACAAGGGGAAGGGCAGUGUUAAUAACUAGAUCUUUCCGAACUGAGGAAGCGUGGGCACGAAAUCUAUUUUUGGCAAGAACAAGAACUCAAAUUGCCCAGCUUCUUUCUCAGACUCUCAUGUAUUUGUUUGUUUGGGAGGCUGGGGAGAAGCAAUUUGUUCGUUUCAGUAUACACGAAUCGUGAAAUUCGGCAAAAGUUGCAGUUAAAGAAAAACAUGUAGCUGUGAUUGGAUGAUUUAAAAUGUGCAUAUUUAAGUAUUCAAAUUGUUCACUCGUGCAUUCAUGAUUACAUAUUUAAUACUACAAUACAACACAAAUGCCCAACUCAGAAUGCACCAUUUGGAUGCGCAAAUGAAUUUUGUGACUCGUGUGUUGGGGCAGACCAUUAGAAAAAUGUUGGGGGGGGGGGGGUUGUGAGAAUACAAAAAAGUCUCAGCAAAGAGGGAAAGCAAAGCAAAAUUACCUUUAAAUUAACACAAAAAAUUCCAGUACAUGCAGUCUAAAAGAUAAAGGUAUUACUGUCGUUCCAAAUGAAGUGUUCCUCAAAUAUUGAUUCAAUACAUUACCUCGGGCUGACCAAUUCAUUUGAUAGAAAAUUGAUCAACUUCCUGUUACUUUUGAAUGAGCCAAUUAGAUUUCGUUUCAGAACCGAUUGACCAAUAGGAAACGCACAGGAAGUAAAAAGAAAUUUGAAUUUGUAUGAAUUGGUCAGCCCGAGGUAAUGUAUUGAAUCAAUAUUUGAGGACCACUUCAAUUGGAACGACAGUAAGUGUUAUAUGCACAAAAGCAAGUGUAGGGUGCGUGUAAUUUUGUGAAAUAAAAUUCUUCUGUGCGCAUGUAACAAAGUUUCCAGUCUGUUAAAAAGUUCCAAUCAAAUGCAUUGUUUACAAACGGUUUGUGAAUAUGAUUAUGAACUUUUGAACUUUGCAACAAACUUUGGAACGAAGUUUGCAACAUUUAGGGAAAGUUAUGUGAAAUCAACUGUAACUGCCUGACCCAGUUACCAAUUCUUUCUUUUUUACAUAUUUAAUGUUUUUGUACAUAUAGGUGAAACCUCUUCCGAGAGAGCGAAAUUUUAGAAAACGUUCUCUGUCACCACAAAACGACGAAGAACUUUACAAUCCAGAACUUCCGUCCGAGGACAAGCAGCCUAAUGUUCUUCAAGAUAAAGGUCAACAGAAUCAUAGUGACAUGAAAGAAUUGUCUCCUGCAAAAAAACAAAAAUCAAGAUCUCGAUCUAAUUCUCCCAGCCCAGCUAAACAUGCAAGGAGACAUUCUAAGUCACCUGAGCAAAAGCAAAGUAAGAUUCCUUAAAUAUUUUGCUAUCUGGCUGCCAUCCAGGCCAUUCCAACCGAUAUUUCAUUUGGGUUGGGGGGGGGGGGGGGGUUGAAAAACUAAAUCUUGGGAUUCUUAACAUGUAAUUAGAUUUUGAGUCCCCGAGUGUAACACCGAGUGUAAUUUGCCUCGGGCCUCAAACCUGACAAAGCAUGAAGGCACAGCUCCUAAUUUCAGGUGGUACCAAAAAUGGGACAUCACUCCAUUAAUUUUUUUAUAUUAACCCAUUAAGCAGCAGACAAGACAAGAUUUAUUUGCUCCUUUCAACUUACAAUUAUAUACACAAUGAAAUUAUUCAUAUUUGUUAGCAUCAUUAUUAUUAGUAAAAUAUAUUUUGUGUUCUUUCAUUUUAGGCAGUAAAAAGAGUCGGAGCAUAAGUCCAAACCCUACAGUGAGUAUUCUUGACAGUUUGUAUGCAGACUUGUAGAGGAUUAUGAAAUUAGUAAUUGAUACUCGCAUGAAUCCCUUCAGUGUUAACUUUAUUUACUUGUUAAUCGUAACCUAACUCUAAGUCUUCCUUGACAAGUACAGUAUUCUGUUGUGAGAUGGGAGAGUAAAAUAACAAACUACGGUAACAUGCAUUAGAGCAUGUUCAGGCCCAUUACAGCUUAAUGAGUUAACUCGCUAGUGACCACAUCACACCUCAAUGUGCCCUGUUUUAUUAUUUUACUCAAGACAAGUUUAUCUGUCCAGGUCAAAUUAUCUAGGUGUAAACAUGUUUCAAAUGUCCCCUUAAAACAAACUCUCUUUUCAGUAAGCCGUCAUUGAAUAAUUUUAAGUACUAUUUAAAACAUGAAACUUUGUUUCAAUAAAAGUAUUCCAGUAAAAUAAAAAUAUACAGUAUAAGGCUUUGUUAUUACAAAAUAACAAACUGUAUUAUUGCCAUUAUUACAAACAUAACAGUCAGACAAGGAAUCCAGGUCAACUGUUGAUGAAUUUGGUCGUCAAAUACGACAUCCUUCUACAUCCAAGGUGAGAUUUAUUACCAUAUUUGUAAAUUUGACUUUAUCUAUACAGUAGUUAUAACUAUCAUUUGUAUUGUAAUGUUGCAAGCAUUAUAAACAUAAUGUAAAAUAUUAUCACAGAAUAGAGACAAACAGAAGCCCCCAACUUCUUGGUUUUCCCUAUGAUUUUGGCGUAACCAUAAUUCGUCAUCAAAAUGCUGACGCCAUGGUCCUAGCCAUUAAGUAUAGUCAAUAUAUUAUCAAUAUAUUUAUAUAUUGAUUUUUUUCAAUAUUGCAUUAGCCUAUAAUACUGUAUAUAUGAUUACAAGAUAGAAGCAGAUAUUAAAUUUAUUUGCAAAGCAUUCAUGCUCUCCCCAUGCAAAAUCUGCACUCUCCCUGCCAGACGAAGUUAUAAACGGUCCAAAUACCAGGCACAGAUUUUCUGGGGGGGUGCACCCCCCAGAAAUGAUUUGCACCCCAGAGGCAUUUGGCACCAUCCCCAAAAGUUUUUGCACCCCCGCAAAUUAUAUCUAUUUUGAUUUGAUAGUUUCAUAUUUGAUUAUUCUUACUUGUAAAAUUACCAAUAUUAUGGUCUCAGAUCUCGCCAUGCAGGCCUAGAAAACAAAUUUUGUUAAACUUUUUCCUUGGCCUUUCCGGGCAUUGCCACCACGCCCCGGCCAAAGCAAGCAGCAGCACCUCCCAGAUAUUUAUCCACCCCCCGAACGAAAAUAUGAAAAUCCGUCUCUGCCAAAUACAACAUCCCAAAUACAACAUCUUUCCAGGACAGUGUACCCCCCUGUUUCCACCCUCGUCCCACCGCCCCCCCCCCUCUCCCACCAAUAUAUUAAUUGAUCAAAUUCUUUGAUACUAACCUUUUUUCUGAAGGAUUGUAUUUUACACUGACAUGUAGGAUGAAGAUCGCGGACGCAGAAGAUCACCACCACGUGAUCGUAGACGAUCAAGAAGUCGCAGUAAGAGUCGCGAUCGUGACAGAAACCGAGGUGUGUAUUUUGAAACAAUUGUGUUUGAAAAUCUUAUAUUUUUUUCUGGGGCUGUUUGUUCAAAGCUGGAUUGUCCCUAAACCUUGCUGAAAAUUUAACCUGUUGUUUUAGUCAUGUAUUUCUGCACACCAUUUUGUUUUGAAACUUGCUAUCAUAUCCUCAAAGAUUUUACCGACUCAAUAAAAUAUAGGUGUAGAAGAAACUCGUUCUGAUGCAGACAAGAUUUCUAAGGAAAUGUUUCCAAAUUUAUGAGUAUAAGCCAUUGGGAAGUUUGCUCUGAAUUCUAGUUUAACGUGGGCCGUGGGGUCAGCUUAUCAGCUUUCAAACAAAAGAAAACCACAUAAAAUUUCAAUAAAAGUUCUCUAAUACCACUCGACAGAGAGCCCAGUCUCUCGCUCAAGUUGACUGCACACACCAACUUAGAAACAAAUUAAUUUAUUGGGAAUUAUUUCAGAAAAUAAUCCUAAUACUUAUGGUAUCCUAUCCUCUCUGGUUGCUCUAAAACACUGUGCUAUAACAAAAAUAACAUACAGCUUUCGUUCCAGGAUCUCAAAGGAAUGACAGAGAUAGAAAACAGGAGAUAGGUGGAGACAAAUCAAGGAGUCCAACGAAGAGCGGUGAUCGGAGUCCUCGUCCUGGCAGAGAUAAGAGUCCACGUCCAAAUAGGAACAGAAGCCCUCGUCCAAACAAAGACAGGAGCCCUGGGAAAAGUAAGGACAAGAGUCCAAGACGAAAGGAUCGAAGUCCUCGAAAAGACAGGAGUCCCAGAAAAGACAAGAGUCCUAGAAAAGACAGGAGUCCUAGAAAAGACAAGAGUCCUAGAAAAGACAAGAGUCCCAGAAAGGACAAGAGUCCUAGAAAAGACAAGAGUCCUAGAAAAGACAAGAGUCCGAGAAAAGACAAGAGUCCUAGAAAAGACAAGAGUCCGAGAAAAGACAGGAGUCCUAGAAAAGACAGGGGUGUGGACCGGAGCCCCCGUCGUGGCGAGCGGAGUCCAAGAAGAGGGGACAGAAGCCCCAGGAGAGGCGACAGAAGCCCAAGGAGAGGUGCCAGAAGCCCAAGAAGGGGUGGGAACCGGAGCCCUCGUCGUGCGGACAGAAGUCCAAGGAGAGGUGGGGACAGAAGUCCAAAGAGAGGAGUGGACAGGAGCCCCCGAAGGCGAAGUCCAAUAAGAAGCAGGUCACCAGAUCGUGUUCGGGACAGACGAGACAGUGGACAUAGUAAAGAGUUUGAUGAAAGAAAGAAGAUGUAUCUAGGAGGACCUGCAAAACCUAUACCACCAGGUAGGUUUAGAGAAUUGUUAUGUUUAUUAUACACUAGCUAAUACCCUAGUUAUUGAAUGCAGGGCUCAAAAUAACGGGAGAACCGGUCAACUUGAUUUUAACUCUGUCAAAAUCUGUUUUCGACCGGUUAUUGAUACGCUUACACUAUCAGAAACUUGUUUCGAUACAUCAUAGUUUCAUGUUUUAAUUCAAGACGUCAGCAAUCACAUUGGAAGGCAUGAAAAUGUGGCCGGGAAAAAAGACCGGUGAGGUAAAAAAGUGACCGGUCAAGAGGCAUUUUUGGCCCGUCAUUGUCCCGUUGACCGGCCGUUAUUUUGAGCCCUGGAAUGAAACGUGUGAUUUGGAGGUAUAACUUGAUAUAGUUAUGACAGUUUGCCGUCUUCAGAUGUUUGUAACAGUUCUGCAAUACAGUAUAUUGUUUCCGAUGGAAACCGAUUCUCACAUGACUGCAAUAACAGUAACGAUAAUUACAAUGUAUCUAGGGGUUAGGUGUCAAUUGGAACGAGAGUCCUGUUCCUUGCUCGGGCAAAGAAUGAACGUAGGAAAUGGUGUCUGGGUUCGCACACUAUGUUCCUAUCCUCUGUCACGAAUUGUCUAGUUUGUAUUUAUGUGUCUUUAAUUAGUUAGUAACAUGUAAAUAGUGACAAAUUCAUUAUAUUAUUAAUUAUUUUUUAUUUUUAUUAUUGGUUUAUUUCCCCCCCCCAAAGAAAGACUGUUAGCUAUUUACAAGAUAUUAAUAAAAUAAAGUCGGCGAGGAGACGUCAAGAAGCUUAGAGCUUGUGUAAAGAGGCCACCUCAUCUCAAAAAUUCAAAGUUAAAUAUUUAAUUAAUCAGUAUAAUUUAGGGUUACAGACAUAUAUAAUAUGAAAUUGAAAUUAAGUUACAGACACAUAUAAUGAAAUUGAAACAUAAAAAAGUUAAGAGAGAAAAUUUACGAAAAUAUAUAAUAGAUUUUCCAAUAAUUUUAUAUAUUGUUACUGAGUAUUCGAUAAACAUGGUCGUAGCAUAUCAGAGUUAGCUGUUCCUUAUUCGUUAAGCAGAAAAUUACGAAGUUGCAUCUUGAAAGACGAGAUUGUGUUCAUCACAGUUAUAUUUGUAGGUAAAGAAUUCCAAAUAUUCGGUCCUGAGUAUAAGAUGGUGAACUGCUUAAUAUUAGUUCGACAAGCAUGAGAUCUAUCAUAUUAUAAUGUUAGUGCGUACUCUUAAACUGAAGGAAAUGUAUCACUAUAAUGAUUACAAUUGCAAAAUUCUUGACAGAAAUGGAGUAGAGAGGUCAAGCACCCACUAUAGCUUAAUAUCCUUUAACACGCAAUCAGCGAUAUGAAUUCCCUAACUAAAUAUGGUUAAAAAUUUGAGCCUUGUUAUUGGUCAUUAAAAAAACAACAAAAAACCCCAAAAACAAACAAACAAAAAAACCCAAAAAAAUCUAAAUCUGCAUGGUUACUUACUCACUAUAAUGCCACCAUGGGCUUUGCCACCAUCUUAGAUUCAUAAUUCAAGAAAUCUAUAUUUAGAAAGAAUUAAAUCUGUAUUUAUAAUACGUGAUUGAUGGAUCUCUGUUAUUUUUUAAAUUUCCAGCGAAAGAGAAAGAGAUAAUGUCUUCAGAAGAAGUGAUGAAAAAGCUCGCACAACGCCAGGAGUCGCUCAAGCACGAAGCGCAAGCAAAUGCCGCUACACAUAACCUACCAAGUUAUCUCAAUCCAUCUGUCGUCAACCCACAACUUUACGCUAAACAACAAGAGAAGCGAAAGCUGCUGUGGAGCAGCAAGAAGAAAGAAGAGGUAUGGGAAAAACAAACGGGGGGCUUAACUAGAGGUGCACCGGAACCCCGAUUUUUCACAGUUCCGGUCGAAACUAAUAAAAAAAGCAUGAUCGGAACCGGUGUCACAGUGAUACGAGUAUCCCCGUGUUUUGUGUAUCCCCUACUAAUAUCACUAGGGAUAUGUGUAUCCCAGCACGGUUAUACAGUAUAAGCUUUUUAUAUGUGAUUAAGCAAUAUUGUCACAACUUAGGCUGGAUCGAUAUCGCAAAUACCGAAUACCGAUAUACCGCCAUCAGAAUACCGGUAAAUACCGGUAUUCCGGUAUUUUUAACGAGUUUUUUUUUUAAGCCAAACUGAAGUGCUGAUCGUCAAGAAAAAUCAAGUUUUGACAAAAUAUUAAUGUGGCACAUACUGUUAUUAGUGCAAAUGUCACAAGAUUCGCAUUAUCAAGCUAUGUUAACAAUUAACAGCGCUAAGCGGCAAUUAUUUAAUGUCUUUAAUAGUAGGCCGUCGAUUGGGCGUCGAAGUGUUGAAUCAUUCAGAAAAAUAUUCGUUUUGUAUAUAAAUUCAGAUAGUGUUUCAGUAAGCUGCUAAUAGUUAUAAACAUAAAAAACGUUGCAUUUUUAAAACUAACACAUAAACAAGUUAGCAAGCAUGUAAAAAAAACUUGAAAAGCCAGAAAAGGUUUUCGCUGCUUCGCAAAUGGUAGUACUUCCACCUUCCAAAAUCAAAGUUUUCUUUUUUGUCGAAAUUUUCCUUUAAAAAUUUCGCCAUUUUUAUAUUUCCGAUUAAGGCGAUUUAAUAAACAAGACGUCUGGUAUUGCUAAACCAAAGCCGCUAGAACUGUAAGAACAAAAUCAUGCAUCUGUGAGUAUUAAGUUUGCUUUCUAAACGUGAUUGUAAGCAAGUUUGACUUGAAAGAGCGUUUCAUUUCGGUAUUAGGCAGCAAAAUACCGAAAUGUCGGUAUAUCGGUAUUUUUAAAUUGUCAAUAUCGCCAAACCGGUAUCUAAACAAAUACCGGUAUAUCGGAUAUAUCCGGUAUAUCGAUCCAGCCUAUCACAACUUCUAAAUGACUAGCUGUAAAAAAUAAUUCUACACUAUGUUCUACACCAAUUUAUGCGACGCGAACAUGCUAUCUUACAACAUAAGCACAAUCACAUUAUACACAUUUACUGCAGCGUUACUGUAAAAACGUAAAUACUUACGGGAAAAUAAAGGCACAGAUAAAUGACUUUCCUCCUGCUCAUAUUUUGAAUAUUGCAUCAUUUCGCUUCUAGUGUUGGAGGUAUCCCCACCGGGGGUACUUUUAUCCCUAGGGAUAUUAGUGUGGGGAUACACAAGACAUGGGGAUACUCGUAUCACUAUGACACCGGAACUCUGUCGUUUUCAGAGAGAUAGAAUAUGUGUGUUUAACAUAAAUUCACAUUAGGAACGUAAAUUCACAUAAAUUCACAUUAGGAACAUGACGUUUAACGUUUGUCAAUCUUUUUAUUCUGACAUUUGCGAGCUCUCUCCUUGAUGACUUGAAGUGUCUGCCUGUCUGGCAGCAGACAAAGUAACAUAUGACCGACUAUGUACGUAGCCUGUAGCCCCAUGUAGCUUCUAGGCGAUCCUGCUUUGUGGUUGCUAACUAUACAAUUGAGUUUCUCACUUAUUGGUGAGCGUAUUUCGCAACAGGCUAUUGCCCAUUUGAUAAGGGAUCCGAGGUAUCUACGAUUUAACGUCUUUAUCCGAGAAGACGCGAAAGUCUAACCAUUUACUGAGGUCAAUGUAAAGGUAGCACUUUCUCCUCAGUUAUUUUAACACCUUAGAGGUCCGACCAAGGAUUGAACCCGCGUCUCCCAGUUUCAAAAGGCAAGCCAGGAGCGUAAGUUUGGACCAGCCUGCCCCUGGUACUACCGGAAUUGGGUGCCCCAAGGCAGGUGCAUCCUAUAUAUGAACUACGAACUGCCAGAGUAUAUUAGAAAGAGUGAGACCUUGCCUAUUUUUAAAACCAGAUUAAAGACACAUCUUUUUAAACAGUAUUAUGACUAAGUUGUUAUUUUAACAAGAUUAUUAGCAAUUUUAUAGUAUUCUAUAUAGUUGUUGUUUUAAUAUUAUCAACAUACAUAACAUAAAGUAAUUUUAUAUUCUUAACGAGAAGAGCAUAUAAUUAUUUUUUAGUAAUUUUAUAGUAUAGUAAUUUUAGUAGUCAAUGCAUGCACUAUGUUCUAACACUUAGUAUAUAUUUUUAACACUUGAUGUUAAGCGCUAUUGAGCUAUGGGAAAUGGCGCUAUAUAAAUGAAUUAUAAUAAUAAUAAUAAUAAUAAUAUAUAUCCUUUUGAAGUACCAUGAAGCUCUGACAAUAUGAACAUUUUGCUGGUCGUUUAGAAGCGAAUUUUAAUGGUAUCUUGAACUGGAAAUAUAUAGAUUAUAGCAAAAUAUACAACAAAAAACCACAACUAUGCAGAAAUAAUACCAUGCAGAAAUUGUUUUUGACAUAAACAGUGAAAUGUUUGCCACUGUACUUAAUGCACGUACAACCUUAGAUGAACAAGGCCCCAGGACAACUCAGUUCAGGGUGCCCCCCUGGAAGCCUGUUUGCCUGGGUGCCCCCGGCUCUUAUACCGGGUAGAGCUCAUAGGAGUUAUGCCACUCAGGCAAGCGUGGUGAUCACGACACCACAUGUGCAUAACACUUUAUUGCUACUAUUUCUAGACACCCUCGAACAACGCUAUGUGGUCAGGAACGAAAUUCACUGGCGAUCAAGGCGGUGAAAUGGGCGCUAAGUUUCGACGAUUGAUGGGAAUCAAGGGCGAGGGACAAGAUAUCACAGAGGAAGGACCUACGAAGGGUGAUCAAAUUUUAACGGACCUUGAAAAAGAAUUUGAACGAUCUAGAGCGUUUCAGUUGUCGCGGGGUGCUGGUGGCAAGAGUGGUAUUGGUCUAGGGUAUGCUUCGGCAGGAUACCAGCCGUAGAGCCGGUUGCUUUUAGUGGAAUAGAAAUGCCUCGCGCAAUAACAUAUGUAUGUGUUCAUGGGUUUCAGCAAGCGUUAUAAAGGCCCAUCUCCGCAGAAAGAAAAUUUUGUAAAAUGUCAUUGGCCGACACAAAUUUUCCGUCGGAAAAAAAAUUUUGAAGUUGAAAAUUUUCAACUUUUAACAAUGAUAUUUUCGGGAAAUUAUCUGUCCGUGGAAAUUUUUCUUGAGUGGAAAUGGGCCGUGAGACAGCAAGUGGUGGUCAAACUUACUAUAAAUUACACAUUUAGUUGACACCCUGUAAAUGGUUACCUUUUUUACCAAAGUUUGUACCAUGAUAUUUUAUACACGCCCAACGUGCCUAAAUAAAGUUUUUAUAUUCUAAAUGUUGACUUGUACAAGAGCAAUUUUGCGCCCCCCCUGAAAUCCCUCGCAUGCAGGGGGGGGGGGGCACGACACAAAAUUAAUGAAACGGGUUAACAUUAUUUUCUCACACUGUAGGUUGACCACCAUCUGUUGCACGGUAGUGCUUAGUGAAAUCAUGGAUAAUAAAAUACAUGGAUAGGAAACUAGCUGACGUGACCUAAUGUUUUCAAUGGGAUGAUGGCGUUGAAACCUAGUUGCAAACCAAAUUCUCAAAAACGGCAUGUUUAGCGAUAAUACAGCUAAACAUUUUAGUCAAAGAGCAAAUAAAUAUAACUAGGCCAUUCUACGAUUAAAUCUCUAAGUAUUCCCGGUCAAUUUUAGCAAAUAUUUCAAGCACUAAACAGUGAAAAAUGCGACGCCAAUUUCGUAGCUACAAGUGUAAAAAAAUAGGCGAAAAAUAUUUACCCCGAAUACUUUGUCGUGGCUUAGGCAUGUUUUUAAAACAAUUAGACCAGUUUAUGCUUCAAUAUUACUCUUUUAAAGCGGAAAAUAUAGCGAACCAACAAAAAUGCCGAGAACUUUGGCAAUACACGUGACGUCACAGAUUGCAACUAGGUUUAGACUGUGACGUCAGGGAGUUUCCUAUCCAGUUAUUUUACAAUCCAUGGUGAAACCCUACCUAUUCACAAUAUUUUAAUUAAACUCAAAGUUAGGCAACAAUAACAACAAGAACAACAACAAAGUGUUGAAUUGAAAUAUUUACUGUAAGAAGCUGCUACAUAACUACCGUUCGCAGUAAACGGUUCUUCGCAAAGGCAAAGAUUCUUUGGUAUAAAAUAUAAAUGCAGUUUUAUCUUAAUGUGAGAUAAAUGAAACUUCUCUCAAAGCUUUAAAACGCGAUAUCGUACCACGUUGAACAAAGAAACUACGAAAGAAUUAACCAACAUGCACGUAGCAUUAUAAACCAUAGCUGUGCUCUGGUUUAGGUUAGCAUUUUUAAUUGCUCCUUCUUUAUAGUCCAAAACUACAAUGCGACAUAAAUAAUGUUAUUAAGCCCUGGGCAAACGAAGGUGAGAGUUCCUCCACAAGAGGUAAGAGCCUGGGAACGAGGUUGGCACGAGAGUCGAUGACAGUUGCAACUCUUAUCCACGUUUCACCGGGUCUUAACUAUGCCUAUGUUAUGGUAGUGUUCUUAGUUCCUGUAUUCCAUGUGCAAAACUACAUUGUUCACUUGCAAGUGGACAGCCAUCAGGAUGACUGCCGUGAAACCAGCAUUGUUUAGUCUUCCAGUAUUUCUGGCUUCCAGGUUGCUUCUUAUCAUCGUUCUUCUUACAAUGACUAUCCUCUCUCCAGUCACGUAUUUCUACUGUACCACCUUGCACUGCAAAAUGUAUGAAAAAUUGCAAAUCUGUUCAAAUAAUUCUACUAGGCUAUUUAUUUAUAUAAAAAUGCAGUAUACCAUGGCUAUAAAAUACGCCUGUUUUCGGCAUACCUCACAGCCACGGUUUGUGGAUAUAAAGUACGCCUGUUUUCGGCAUACCUUUUAGUCAUGCUUUUGCAGCAUUUAUACAGUCGCAUUUGGGGCCAGGGUGCUCGCUUUCAUGAGCGGUACCUCAGCUGUAUAUGGUGUUAUCGGUUGUAUAUAUUAAUUUUCAUACGUAUUACAGCGCACUUCUAACCCUAUAUAACACGGAAGUCCAUAAUACUCCAUGAAGCUCACCUUUAAAAAUCUGAUGUGAAUUUCUCAAGACUGUUUUUAUUCCACCAGCUUCACACCUUAACUGAGCAAGAACAUCUUGGUCAAACAGUUUCGACACUUCGCUCAGCUCCAUACAACCUGAACACAAAAAGGAAAUAUAUAUUCUGUUUUUUAAUAGCAAUCACGCAUUCAACGGUUCUUAGCUUUGCAGCCACAACUAUGAUUGUUCUGACGCAUCCUACUGAAAUUCUAUUGCUUUAUCCUUAUUUUAAGUACAGUAGUCAGUAUAUACUGAGUACAGAGGAGUUUUCACCAAGGGUCUCAUCCCAGUCAAUUUCGCGUAGCUUUCGAGUACGAGCUUCUUUGCCAGAGUCAUAGCAGAUUAAUCAGGGGUUGGGUGGAGGUAUUGACUUUCAUUACCUCGGCCAUACCAAAACUGGGAAUAUGUGCUUGUCGUAGAUAUUGCUCCGCAAUGGCGCAGAUUCUCCACUCGUACCUUCGCCCAUAGACAUUCUAGGUAGGUC